UGAGAAAACGACGAAAUCGGAUUUACGAUGACGAAAGAAACCAAUGUCUUUUUUCGAAAAACAGUAUCGAGGGAAAUCUGGCCAAGAUUUCAAUAAAAACCGAACCCGAGUGGCAGAAAACAACCAUCACCAUGACAACCAUUGCCAAACCAAGCGAAACCAAAGGCGACUUUAAGGACCAGCAGUUCGAACAGAACGAGGUUGCCGAUAAAGUAGUUGAACAAUGUAAGAAUGAAUUAAGUGCAUCGACCUCUCUUUUGUACUGUGAUUAUGUCCGUGCCCGUCUGGAAUAUUCUUUUCUACGCUAUCCCUCGUCGACUUGGCUUUUCUUUUGGUGACUACAAGCUCUCCACCGCUCAUUAUUCUUUCGCUCCGAUUUUUCAUUUAACAGAUGAUGAGAAACAUGCCCGCGUAUUUUACAAAUAUGUUAUGGGGUAAGUAGUUUUAAUGUUUUUCGACAGAAUAGAUUCUGUUCCCGUCGAGAAUAUUGCGUCUCAUGGUAGAUGUCAUCGUGCGAAUUUUUAGGGGUGGUGGAUUCGAUAUUCAUUAUGGUAUUUUUCGAAAAGCCUCGGAUACUGUCUACGAAGCUUCCAAGGCGACCAACGAAAGACUUCUUACCUGCCUCGAUUGGACUCAGCCAGUUACGAAAGACUCUUUCGUCCUUGACCUUGGAUCGGGUCACGGUGGUAUUUCGCACGAGGUAUGUGGUUAGAAUCGGAUUGUUGCGUCGACCCUGAGAGUUUCUGCUUUGGAAUACUUCCCUUUUUCGAUCUCGACAAACUGCUUCUGAAAAGAUUAUUGUCGUCGUUUAACAAAAAAUCGAUCUCGUUGUCCUGCUUUUGAUUCAAUUUUUUCUGUCUUCAUUGGACAUUUCUAUUGGGAAUACAAACUACGUUCAUAUUUACGUUCAUAUUUUAGAUUGCGGAAAAAUAUGGAUGUAAAGUCAUGGGUGCAAAUAUUUCGCCCGAGCAGAACAAAAUGAAUUUGGAUGAGGCAGAAAAACUAGGUGUCGGAGAGCUGGUCGAUGUUACCCUUUGUAAUUUCAACGACGGUUUGCCGUUCGACGACAAUUCGUUCUCGCACAUAAUUUCUUGCGAGGUUCUGUGCCACGCGGCAGACAAAGUCACCCUAUUCAAGGAACUCAAGCGUGUUCUCAAACCCGGUGGUGCAUUUGUGUUCACCGAUAUCAUGGGAGCCGACGGCGCGGAUGAGAAAAUUCUCAAAGACUUUACCGACCGAAAUGCGACCACCAAAAUGGCCCGUCCCAGCGAAUACUUUACACUUCUUACGGAAGCUGGUCUCUCCGAGCCAUCUUUUCUGAACUUUAGUCCUCACUUGGUGCAUUACUUUCAGUCCAUGGUGGACCAGAUCGUCAAGAACAAGGCAGCGAUGAUGGAGGAAGGGUGUUCCGAAGCAUACUUGGCGAAAUGGAUGGAGUCUCUCACAAGCCGUGUCAAUAUCCAACGAGAUCACAAAGUUUUCGCUUGGGGAAUUUUCACAGCACGAUUAGAAGGCGACGUAUACUAGUAAUAGUAGAUUGCAAUGAUAAAUUUGGAUUAUUGUUCUCGAUGUCUUCAUUUUAGUACCUUCAUUACAGUAAUAUAUUUACUGAACCCUACCGUGGAGCAUAAUAAAAGGAAAAAGGCAAUUUCCUAUAAACUCCUCGAGUUCAGUAGCAGGCUGAAAAAGGCUUCAAUUCAAUAAUUUCAAAAAAAGUUUACCGGUUGCAUCUGGUAAAUCAUUUCCGAUUCACUCAAGCCCGUUGUGGCGCAUGAAUGCCUCUGGGCUAGGACCGCGUCCACGGAAUUCUUUGAAAACAUCCGCGGGUGGCACACCUCCCCCCAAGCUCAAAACAGUCUCUCGGAACUUCUUUCCAACGGUUCUUACGGCCUCUUCGUUGUCGAGUCCAACGUCUUCAAAGGCACCGAAGGCAUCGGCUGACAUGACUUCGGCCCACUUGUAAGAAUAAUAACCGGCAGCGUAUCCUCCAGCAAAAAUAUGGCCGAAACUGCAAAGGAAUCUGUCCUCCUCUAGUGGCAUGCUGUGGGGAGUGUACUUGCUAGCGAUCUCACGUUGGAGUUCGAAAAUUCCCUUUCCUUCUUCCCCGGCGCUGGC